AAUGAGGAGUCAUGCCUCUGGCGGCGGGGCGACAGGAGCACGUCAAGGCUUAACGAGCUUUCCCAGCUCCAUACCGACACAGACAUCACCGAGCGCUCUGGUGUCGCCGAGUUCAAUAAAGCGCCGGUUUUAAUUUGUAAUUAAUACACUUAAAAUAAAAGCCCGCUGCGCCACCGCGGCGUGCAGAGCUGAGCUAAGCAGAGAACAGCCGGUUAGCUAUGAAUCGUUCCGUCCUACGCCCCCUCUUUCUCGUCCUGUUGGCCGGGCUCUGCCGCGCCGAGCAGCCCGACAGCUCCCUCCUGAACGAGGAGGUGAAGCGGACCGUCGACCUGAGCUCGCACCUGGCCAAAAUCACCGCCGACAUCACCGUGUCCAACCCGGGCGGCUCGGCGGCCCAGAGCAUCGUUAUCGCGCUGGAUCCAGAGCUUCAGGGCCACCUGGCUUACAUCGGAGUGACUGUGAAGGGAGACGAGGAGGAGGACAGUCGGCUUGAGCUGCAGGAGACCACAGUCAGGGGGAAGAGUGGGAAGUUCUUCCGCGCGCGCUUCCCCUCACCGCUGGCAGGGGGCGCCAAGCUGAAGCUGUCCCUGGAGACGGUGUACACCCACGUCCUGCUGCCCUACCCCACACACAUCAGCCAGGCGGAGAAGCAGUUCGUAGUGUUUGAGGGGAACCAUUACUUCUACUCGCCGUACCCGACCCGCACCCAGAGCACCCGAGCCCGCCUCGCCUCCAAGAACGUGGAGAGCUACAGCAAGCUGGGCAACCCCAGCAAGAGCGACGAGGUCAUCGAGUACGGGCCCUUCAAGGACAUCGCCCCCUACAGCCAGGAUGCUAUGAAGAUUCACUAUGAGAACAACGCCCCCUUCCUGACGAUCACGGACAUCACGCGGACCAUCGAGGUGUCUCACUGGGGCAACAUCGCCGUGGAGGAGACGGUGGACCUGCGCCACACGGGCGCCAUGCUCAAGGGACCUUUCUCACGUUACGACUACCAGCGGCAGUCCGACAGCGGCAUCUCCUCCAUCAAGUCAUUCAAGACAAUCCUGCCCGCAGCUGCCCAGGAUGUUUAUUACCGGGAUGAGAUUGGCAACAUCUCCACCAGCCACCUGCUGGUGCUGGAUGACUCCGUGGAGAUGGAGAUCCGGCCUCGCUUCCCUCUCUUCGGAGGCUGGAAGACCCACUACAUGGUCGGCUACAACCUGCCCAGCUAUGAGUACCUGUACAACCUGGGUGACCAGUACGCUCUGAAGAUGAGGCUGGUGGACCAUGUGUUCGAUGACCAGGUUAUCGACUCCCUCACUGUCAGACUCAUCCUGCCCGAAGGAGCCAGGAAUAUCCAAGUGGACUCUCCCUACUCCAUCCAGCGCGACCCUGAUGACCUGCACUACACCUAUCUGGACACGUUCGGCCGGCCCGUGGUCGUGGCUCACAAGAAGAAUCUGGUGGAGCAGCACAUCCAAGACGUGGUGGUCCAUUACAACUUCAACAAGAUCCUGAUGUUGCAGGAGCCCCUGCUGGUGGUUGGUGCUUUCUACAUUCUCUUCUUCACAGUCAUUGUGUACGUGAGACUGGACUUCUCCAUUACCAAGGACCCCGCUGUGGAGGUGCGUAUGAAGGUGGCCUCGAUCACGGAGCAGGUCCUGACCCUGGUGAACAAGCGGCUGGGCCUGUACCGCCACUUCGACGAGGUCAUCAACAAGUACAAGCAGUCCCGCGACACAGGAGCGCUCAACAGCGGCCGCAAGACCCUGGAGGCAGAGCACCGCACCCUCACCAACGAGGUGGCCUCGCUGCAGUCAUGCCUCAAAGCAGAGGGCUCCGACCUGGCCGACAAGGUGGGUGAGAUCCAGAAGCUGGACGUCCAGGUGAAGGAGCUUGCGUCCCGGUCCUGCCAAGAGGCAGAGAGGCUGGUCGCUGGGAAGGUGAAGAAGGAGACGUACAUCGAGAGCGAGAAGCAGCUGUCUGCCAAGCGCCAGGACCUGGUGACCCGCAUAGACAGCCUGCUGGACGCCUUGUAAAGGGCACAGCAGGGCUUGAGAGAGGAGGAUUCCCAUUGCAGAGCGACCCAGCCAGGCCAGGGUUUCAUAGCAGGCUGCAAGUGUCUGAUUAGUUGAGUG